CCUCCUCCUCCUCCUCCUCCUCCUCCACCACCCCAUGUGCUUCCUGCCGGGCCAAGUUUGCAGAGCGCCGCCGCACGCCGGGCCAGCGCAGCGGAGCGGAGCCGCAGCGGAGCGGGGCGCACGGCAGCGGCCGCGGCUCCUGCACGGCGCGGGGGGCAGGCGCGGCGCAGCGCCCGCUCCGGCUCCGGCUCCGGCCUCGGGGCGCGCUCGCCCGGCCCGGCCCAGCCCCGGCCCCGGCCCCGGCCCCGGCCCGCCCGCACCAUGCCGCGGCGGCGCGGCUGCCUGCCGCCGCUCGUCUGCACUUUCGCCGCCCUCAGCCUGCCGCUGCUGCUGGCCGCCGAGCCCCGCGCCAAAAGUUGCUCCGAAGUGAGGAGGCUCUACGCCGCCCAGGGCUUCAGCCAGAGCGAGGCGCCCAGCCACGAGAUCAGCGGUGACCACUUGAAAGUCUGCUCACAAGGCUACACAUGCUGUUCUCAAGAAAUGGAAGAGAAGUACAGUCAACAGAGUAAACACGACUUCAGAAAUGCCGUCGUAGAGCUUAGUAAUCACUUACAAACAAUGUUUAGUUCCCGAUACAAAAAGUUUGAUGAAUUCUUCAAGGAACUUCUUGAAAAUGCCGAGAAGUCGCUGAACGACAUGUUUGUGCGGACGUAUGGCCGUUUGUACAUGCAGAACUCCGAGCUGUUCAAGGACCUCUUCGUGGAGCUGAAGCGGUACUAUGUGGGUGGCAACGUCAACCUGGAAGAGAUGCUCAACGAGUUCUGGGCGCGCCUCCUGGAGCGCAUGUUCCGGUUAGUGAACCCGCAGUACCACUUCACGGACGAGUACCUCGAGUGCGUGAGCAAGUACACGGAGCAGCUGAAGCCCUUUGGAGACGUGCCGCGGAAGCUCAAGCUACAAGUGACGCGAGCGUUUGUGGCUGCCCGCACUUUUGCACAAGGCCUCGCUGUUGCAAGGGAUGUCAUUAGCAAAGUGUCUGCGGUGAACCCAACACCACAGGGUACGCGAGCGCUGCUGAAAAUGAUGUACUGCCCGCACUGCCGAGGUCUAGUAUCAGUGAAGCCGUGUUACAAUUACUGUUUUAAUGUCAUGAGAGGCUGCUUGGCCAAUCAAGGGGAUUUGGACGCAGAAUGGAAUAUCUUUAUGGACUCUAUGUUGCUGGUAGCGGAGAGGCUGGAGGGUCCUUUUAACAUUGAAUCAGUCAUGGACCCCAUUGAUGUGAAGAUUUCGGAUGCAAUCAUGAACAUGCAGGAGAACAGCAUGCAAGUGUCUCAAAAGGUUUUCCAGGGAUGUGGCCAGCCGAAAACACUUGCACAAGGCCGAACUGCUCGCUCUGUCUCCGAAAGUGGUUUCAGUGCUCGUUUCAGACCCUACAACCCAGAAGAGCGGCCAACGACAGCUGCUGGCACAAGUUUAGACAGACUGGUUACUGAUGUGAAAGAAAAGCUGAAGCAAGCCAAAAAAUUUUGGUCAUCUCUCCCUGGCAACAUUUGCAAUGAUGAAAAGAUGUCUGUAGGCACUGUCAAUGAGAACGAGUGCUGGAAUGGGAGCGCCAAGAGCAGGUAUGACUUCGCAGUGACGGGAAACGGCUUAGCAAGCCAAGUGAAUAACCCAGAGGUGGAAGUCGAUAUUACCAAACCAGACAUGGUGAUUCGCCGGCAAAUCAUGGCUCUGCGGGUGAUGACCAAUAAACUGAAGAAUGCUUACAGUGGCAAUGACGUUGACUUCAUUGACAUAAGUGAGGAAAGCAGCGGGGAAGAGAGUGGAAGUGGCUGCGAACUUCAGCAGUGUUCCCCAGAGUUUGAAUUCAACGCAACUGAAGUUACUGGAAACUCCAACAAGAGCGAUAAAAAUGUGAACACUUCUGCCGCUGCCAGUAGCGGUUUAUCACAAGCAGCCUUGUUCUUUAGCAUCUUGUUCCUGGCCAUGCAAAGACAAUGGAGAUAAUUGUGCAGCUUAGGGGAAAAAAAGACUUUUAUUAUCAAAGUUAGAAGGCACCUGCUUUCACUUUUAUACCAUCUAGUGACUUUGCUUUUUAAGUUAAUGGACAACAGUGUACAGUUUUUACUAUGUUGCCACUGGUUUUAAGGUAUUGAUUUUUUUUUUCCCUUGCUAUUCUGGGAAUAACAGGAACAGGGACUACCAGUCUGUCCCAUUCACCAAGAAUCCAUGUUAGAGGUGGAUAACAAAAAUGUAUAUACAAGCCUGUAGUUAGCUCUGCAUUUGUGUCUUUAUCACUUUUCUUUUUUUUUUAUUUUUUAUUUUACCAUAUUUCUUACAAAAACAAAAAAAAAUCCCCAGGGUCCUUUUGUGGCAUGUAACAAGUACGUGUUUCUGAAAUGAGAAAUAUCUGUACAGAAGCAAGUUUUAUUUAUCGUGUUAUGGGGGAAAAAAUAAUUGCCCAACAAGCAGAAAACAUGUUUCACAUAGUUAACUUCCCAUUUAUCCACAUUAUGUUAGUUGCCUUAUCUGGAAAGAAGUGGAAGUAAUUUGUCUUUAUUAUGCGGUAAAACAGAAUGUGAAGGCAUAAUUGGUCUAUAUGCCAUAUGCCCCAUUUGCAUAAAGCGUUAAUACCAGGAGCAGGUUUUCCUUUUUUUACAGGAUGUUUGGUUAAAUUGGAAGAGACUACAGAGAAUUCCAGUUUCGCAGAAGCUAAGAAGAGUUGUCAUUUGUUCCCCUGGAUCCUUGCAAUUAGCUGUAACUCCUGUAGGUCCGUUCCCGGCGUGCGUCCCCAGGGGGAAUAAGGCAUUAAACUUGUUCGGUUGGAAGCAACUUGUCGUGUCACAGAUCCAAAUGCCAACGUGUGUCUUGUCUGCAAAUUUGUUAGAUGGAUGCUGGAUUAAUAUUUUUUUCUUAGUAAUACCUGGGGGAGGGGUGGAGGGUGUCGCUUUUGUUUUACACGAGUUUUGUUUCCUCUCUGGUCGGGAGGUGAAAAGGGAAGGGACAGCCGGACGUGACCGUUGUGCCAUUGCAGGCAGAUCAGAGUAAGAGCAGGCACGAGCCGGCCGGGCUGAAGAUGCCCCUUUUUGGUGUAUUUGGUCACCUGGGAGUUCCUGGGGCCGAGGCACCAGGCCACCAUAGCUUUCCGAUGCUCUCCAGGAUGCCCUUCUCUCUCUACCGGUGCUUUCGCAGUUGAAACAGCGUUGUGGUGAAUGACAACUCAUGAAUAAAAGAAAUGUAUAUUUUUAAGAAAAGGUAUGAAAUAACUUUAAAAAGAGCUUAGAAAAAAAAAGUCUUCAGAAAGACUCAAAAUUGUUCUGCACAUCUCCUCCUGCUUUAGGUAGCCUUUAGGCCUGGCUGGACGCUGGAAUCCAGCCAGGAGAGCAAUCCACAGAGAGAAGGUUUGUUGUAGUCCACCCUUGUGUUGUAAGGAUAAUUGUCUAUUUUUAUAUUGAAGCAUUAAUUACUUGUUAGCUCAGGGUCAGUGCUUUAUUCAACUUUAUUUUCACACCAAAUUUCUGCAAAACUAUAAAGAUGGAGUACUCUUGGCUGGUAUAAACAAUCCUGGAGGCUUAAUUUUACUAGAAGUAGCCAGUUAUUUAUUAAAACAUGAUGUUAGUAGAGUAGGGGUAUUCUGGCUAGAUUAUUUUUCUUUAGAAAAUAAAUCAUGGAAGCAUAAAAUUGAAAAAGUUAUAAAUUUAUGUGUGGGAAAAAAUGGAUUGUAAAUAGCUAAGUUGCCUUGUGAGGAAUUGGAAAAUGUGCUGAUACUUAGAAACUACCUCAGUUCUGAGGAAUUUCCUUUCUAGCUUUGAGUGCUAUUACAUUUACUUGGUAGAAGUGAAUCUGGUCUCCAAUAUGUAGCUGAAAGAGUUAUCCCUAUAGACCUUGUUAGAUUGUUUUUAAUUUAGAGGGCUGAACUACAUCCAGCUGUUUUCUUUCAGCUAAGUUCCCUAACAAAGAGAAUUUCUGAAUUAAAUAUUGCUGAUGGUUUCCAUGACUUUUACUGAUUUGUUUGGUUUCAUGGCAUUUUCUGAUUGCCCUUUAAUUAUUUAAAUGGUCCUAGCCAUUUGAAUUUUAAUCCUGGAAUAAACAAACCUUAGAUGCACUACCAUUGUAAAUAUAUCGCAGUAAGGUCUGACUGGAUAACCCUUCUGGCUUAUACCCAGCUGGCAGGCCGGCAAAAUUAAAUGAAGAAAAAAAAUUAAACUUCUUCGGAGCUCAGAGAAUGAUGGAACAAAAGCCCUUGUGUUCAGAGCGGCUGACUUUUCCAAGAUCUCAGUUUUUGGCAUCAGUGUUCCUAUGUAAGAAAGUUACUUGUAAAUUCUCCUGCUUUGGAGCAUUCUGCCCAACAUGUACUUAAAGAAAAACAUUUCUGAAUUUAUAUUUAUCGUUUUACAACUAAUUGCUUACUAGUUAUUAUUCAUUAGUUUGGGAAAGUGAACAAUGCAAAGACCUGACACGGGUUUUAAACUUGUCUAGUUGACUUUGUUAAUAACAUAACAACCCUUCACUCUACAAAGGACCGAGUUGUCACCUGGGGCUACAGGAAACGAGUAAACAUCAGCGUAGGAUGAUCAAAAGUUGUGUUCCUGCUUUUAUUUUGCAUUUGUGUGUGAAAUCGGCUUUCUGACAUGAGUUUGUAAACUGAACUGUAAGCAUAGGGACUGAGGCAUGCUGCUGGCCGCUUGCUAGCGGGAAUGCAUGUUCUCUGUUCCUUCAGGUUUUUGUUUUUCCGUAUGACCAUUGCCAUUAUGACCAUGUUUUUAAAAAGAAAUCCAUCCAUAGAAUUAGUGAUUAAUGGAAUUAAUAAUGAGCUUCAAAUGUAAAGUGAACCAGAGAGAUGGUGGUGUUGGCGGCAUGUGAGCUGCUCUGUUUUCCCAAAGACUUGGAAUAAAAAAUACAGUUCUUGAAAGGA